ACAGUGAUAAAAAGAGAACAAUACACGUCAACAAGAAUUUGGCAGGUUAAGACGUACACGUUUAAAACUUAUAUUAUUGAACAAUGUCGGGAGUUUUAGGAGUAAUUUCAAAAUUUUAUAAUGAAUACUCCAGCAAGACUCCAAAGAAGUUGAAAUUAAUAGAUGCCUACCUGUUUUAUAUCCUUCUAACAGGUAUUAUUCAAUUCGUUUAUUGUCUUCUCGUCGGAACGUUUCCCUUUAAUUCAUUCCUAAGUGGAUUCAUCUCUACAGUUAGCUGUUUCGUAUUAGCCGUGUGUCUAAGACUCCAAGUUAAUCCGGAAAAUAAAAGUCAGUUCAGUGGGAUAAGUCCAGAGAGAGGAUUUGCUGAUUUUAUUUUUGCCCAUAUUGUGUUGCAUCUAGUUGUAAUGAAUUUCAUUGGAUAAACUAUUUCCAAUAAAAUUACCUGCAUAUAA